AUGCCGGUAAGUAUUCAAGUAGUAUCUAAUAAAGAAAUGUUUUAUAAUUUGUAAAAUUAGAUGUAACUUUAUUGUUUUAGGCAUAUCACUCUCAAUUCAACGAUAAUGUCGAAUCAAAAGUUGGUAACAUGGCUGUGUUACCUCUCAGGUCAAAUUUUAAAGGUCCAGCGCCUCGUCAAGGUAAUAUUUUUUAAGUUUUAGGUAUUAUAAUUACAUGAUUCAAGUUUAUUAAUUUAUUUAAUGUCAAUAUUUUGUUUUAGAAGCCAACAAAGUAGAUAUAAUUGAUGAAGCGCUUCUCUACUUCAAGCCAAAUUUGUUCUUCCGAGAGUACGAUAUAAAGGGAGCCGCUGAUCGUACUUUAAUCUACUUGUUUUUGUAUAUUACUGAGUGCUUGAAGCGUCUUGUGAAGGUGUGUUCUUAAUUAUUUUUGAUUAUUUAGGUAUACGAGUUGUGUCCAUAUCAAUAAGAAUAACAUAAUAGAAGUUUAGGUGCCAAAGAAAACCCAAGCGAUCAAAGAUCUGACUACAAUGGCAUUGGAAUCUAAGUUACCGAUUCCUGGAGAAGCUGCUUUCCCGUUCUCUGGACUUUUCAAACCUCCAAAUGGUCCACAAGAAGAAGGUAAGCUUGUUGAUUUGUUAUUCUUAACUUUAUAUUAUAGUAAGUUAGUAAAUUAUAAUUUUUAGUUUUUUUGUUCAUUUCAACCGUUUUAUUAAUCUUUUAUUUAUUGUUAUCGAUGUUUUACUUUAUAUGGUUAAAUGUUCUUAAAUAAGGUCUUGCUAUGUUUAGAAACGAUGCGAGCGUACCUCCAACAGUUAAGACAAGAGCUAGGGGCCAGAUUAAUUGAAAUUGUAUAUCAGAAUCCCGAUCAGCCAUCAAAGGUCAGUUUUUUACAUAUUCACAUUGGUUUUUUACUGUAAUUUAGGUAUAAAAAGUUAUCUGUUUUUAAAUUUAAAUAUUUUUAAAGCUUUCUUUAAUUUUUAAAAGAAUAUUUAAAUUAACAUAGGUAUUGAGUAAUGAACCUAAAUGUAAACUUUCUGUUUUAGUGGUGGCUUUGCUUUGCCCGACGUCGCUUCAUGGAUAAAAGUUUAAGCAAAAACUUUUAA